AUGGACGCUGAUCCAGAGGGUGUCGCCUGGAUCGAACGUGAGGCUGUCAAAACAAACGGAUUCGAUCCCAAUGAUCCCAAUGAGUUUUAUACUCACGCGAUUAUUGAAGUUGUCAUCAAUGCAAGCUGUGCCCAUUCUUGGCACAACAGGGAUGUUCAUCUCCCAGAGUAUCACCCCCGUUCUGAGGAGCAGCGAUGGAACCCUCCCGGCUACGACACCUACGUUCGGUACAAGUAUUUGACUACAAUGUACGGACCGGACAAGAACAACACCAAGCGUAUCCAGAAGAUUCAUGGGAACUUUAACUACUGGCAACUGAGGAACUCCUCAGUCGUUGGGUACGUUCCGGUCUCGCUCCCUACUAAAGAGGAGCGGAAGAUGUACUUGGACCUUACCUUUCCGAUUCGAGCUAUCUACUUUCCUUUGGUGCAUUCGGCGGACAAAGAAUAUCCGACAAUGUGCAUUUAUGUUCGCCUCGACUUCAAACGCAAGGCUGUCAAAAUUCCAUACGAAAACAAUGACACCAACAAAGAUACUAUCGACUUCAUGCGACAGUACGAGGAAAACCAAUUCAAAGGCCUUCAAGAGGACCCUGGAGUGUUUGGAGAUUCCGAGAAAGCCCAGGACGAUGAAAGGAAGGUAGGAGGCCUUGAUUUCAAGCCAGCCGAGCAAGUCAAUUCAGGCGAUGGUCCUAAAGCCGAGAAGCUUGACAAAUUCACCGCUCUCUGUUUCGACCAGGACGUCACGUUUGGUCUCAACUACGCACCACAGUGCACGAUUGAAUUCGACGUGCCUGCCCUAAUUACUCUCCUCGCGAUGCCGCGAAAAGACCGUCAUCCGGAUGAUAACCCAUACAACUUUCUCAGAGCCCUCCAUUGCCUAGAUGUACGCACUCCAGGAACUGAAACCAAAGGCGGCAACAUGGAAGAUGGCAACUAUGCCGACCUCCAGAACAUCCUGAAGAUUAUGCAGGGCGUCAAGGUCGAGUACGAGAAGAGCGGCGACAACGGCAUGUUCCUACUCGACAUGCUCAACGCCCUAGUUGGCGUCGGCCUGGCAACUUGUGUCCCUGGAAUCGGCCCGCUACUCGCAUGCUUCACAGCUAUGGCGUACGAUCUUAUCACGAACCCGGAGAAGUUCUCGGCAGACAAUGCGGCGGAUUUGACAGGAAGUAUUUUGGGAGCGCUUUUAGAUACUGCAACGGAAGCGAAGGGGAAAAUCAAUUUUGGGAAGGUGCGGGGGUAUAUCAUGAAUAGUGGUGACAAGACUGUGCAAAUAAAGGCUACGAGGAAGGGGGCGGAGAAGAUAUUUGGCGUGAAGUCUUAG